UUCAGCGCGGUGCCCUGUUAAUAUAUAUUACAAACUGCUGCAUGUUAAAAUUGAUUUUGUAUCAUAAUAGAUCAUUAAGACUAUUAAGUGUUAUAGUGAGAUAAUAGCCUUGAAAUAUUGAACCACUGAGAUCUGAUAGCUUUAAUAAAUACGUUAUUGUUUUGUUUUUUUUUUUUUGUAUAGGAACUAUUGGUAAAUCAUUUUGAUAUAGUUGUCUCUAUUCUCGAUGUAGUUUUGAUAUAAGAAGCACGUACAGAGGUUUAGUUAUACCGUUUAACGGAGAGAAAUAAGUUUUGGAUAGACGCUUUUUUAAAAGGUUUUGAAAAUACGAAAUAAAACUGUGAUUACUUUGUGAACAUUGGAAAUGUGAUUUUUUUCUAGAGUUUGAAGGAAAAAAAAGCCGGGAUGUCGCGUUCACGACCGGAAUCCCAAAUGGGGCGAAUAGUGGUGGCCGCCAUUGAUUUCGGAACGACUUGUACCGGAUAUGCUUAUUUCCUGCGCAGAGACCAAGGUACGCGCAUAGCGGAUAUCAACACUGAUCAAGCGUGGCUUGGGAGCUCUGAAAUGGGUCUGCAAGCUCCAACUACGGUGCUUAUGGAUCCCGAGAAAAGAUUCCAUUCCUUUGGUUUCGAGGCGGAAUCCAAGUACAAGACCUUGACCUUGAAAAAUGAACACACACACUGGUACUACUUCCGACAUUUCAAGAUGAAAUUACAUCACGAGAAGGAUUUGAAUCGAGAUAUGAUGCUUGCCGACGCCGACGGAAAGAAAAUGAAAGCUCUUUUGAUAUUUAUGGAAGCCAUCAAAUAUGUUAAGAAACAUCUACUGAAAAAGCUGAAAGAUGGUCUCCGGGAGGAUGUUAAUCUCAGGGAAAUCAAGUGGGUAAUCACGGUACCAGCUAUCUGGAGAAACUCCGCCAAACAAUUUAUGCGUGAAGCUGCUUCAAGGGCGGGAAUUCCAAACGAUCAGCUUACAUUAGCUCUGGAGCCGGAGUCAGCAGCCAUAUUUUGCAAGGAGCUGGCGCUUAACAGAGUGGGUGGGGUAGAUGGAGUAUUCUUGAGGGCCUUCGAUCCUGGAGAGAAAUAUAUCGUGGUAGACUGUGGAGGCGGCACCGUAGAUACUACCGGACAUGAGGUGUUACCGGAUGGAAAACUAAAGGAGUUGCACGCGGCAACUGGAGGACCGUGGGGAGGACAACUGGUCAACGAGGCGUUCGAAAUGUUUAUUGAAAAAAUGGUUACCAAACCCGUGCUGGAUAAAUUUGCACGUGACUGCACCAGCGACUGGAUAGAACUUCAGAAAGAUUUUGAGAAGAAGAAACGACAAUAUGCACCUAAUAUGGACGAUAUGGAUUUGAAUUUUCCGGUAGACCUUGAGCCAAUGUUUAAGGAAGCCAAAAAAUACGACUUGCAUGAACGUCUUCUAGAAAAGGACUUCAAGAAAAAUGUUGAAUUGGUGAAGCACAGUCUAAUACUUAAACCUGCCAUUAUGGAAAAACUUUUCGAACCUGCCAUUAAAGAAAUCACUCAGCACAUUGAAAACCUUCUGAAAAAGAAAGAGUUGAGAUCCGUCUCAACUCUUCUGCUUGUCGGAGGGUUUUCAGAAUCGCCGACUGUAAGUGGCGCUUUGAGAAAACAUUUUGAAAAGCUCAGAGUGAUCGCCCCUGGUAACGGAAGUGUCGCCAUUUUAAAAGGCGCGGUGAUGUUUGGGAAUGAUUCCAACGUGAUUGCCGCGCGUGUAAGUCCGUACUCAUAUGGAGUUCAUACAAGAAAAUACUUUGAUCCUUCAACUCAUCCCGCAAACCGGAAGAGAGUCAUUAAAGGGAGGGCAGCUGUAGCCGACAAUGUGUUUGAUAAACAUAUCGAGUACGGAGAGCACGUGUAUGUUGGGGGAAAAAGCAGAGAAAGGAAAUAUGUUGUUUCAAACAGACAUAACCCUUUCGUUUAUUGGAACGUAUACCACUCUGAAAAGAGGGAGCCAAUGUUCUGUGACGAGCCUGGAUGCGUAUACCUUGGAAAAUUGGAAAUAACUAUUCCAGAGAAUCUCAGGGAAGAACGUGUUAUCCUGAUGUUGAGUAUGACAUGUCGUGGCACUGAGCUUGAAGCUACCGCAAUCGCUACAGACUUUGAUAUUGAAUGUGCAGCUAAAUUUGAUUUCUUGCAGGAUGACGUCAGUAAUAUCAGUGAUGACGUGUUCGAAUCUAUCAGCUAGAUUUAGAUUAAUUAAACUGAAAACUGUUGAAAAGUUUGAUAAAUGACGUUACACGAGAAACAAAUUGUCUGCCAUUGUCAUGGUUUGCCGCUGUUUUUGUUCGUUGUGGACAUCGUAAUAUUUUAGCCUAUUUCAAUAAUAUCGAGGUUUUUGACUCUAUCCAAAAGUUUUUACGAGUUUUCUCCCUUUAAGAGACAACGCCUAUAUAUCUUAAUUUAUUAUAUACCUACAAAUUUUCUGUCUGAAUUACUGUAUGUUUUUCUCUUAACGAAUACAAAUCCUGUAUUCAACUCCCAUCGGAUACAGAAAAAUAUUCAAUGAUGUUACAAUUUGCUUCAGUUGUGACGUCAAAUAUGACGUUUGAAAUGACGUAUUGAUGGCGUCUCGACGUUCCAUGCUUCAAGAAGUUCACCGUUUUAAACGCGUUUUCAGUCUUAUUUAUCUGGAAUUAUAGCAAUGUUAGCUGAUAAAACACGAAAAAAAUGCGUAUAUGUACAUAAAAAGGAUCAUUAAAACAGUACCUUGAUGCAUUCGGCUUACUUGGAUUUUGCCAGAGCGGCGCAAGCACCUCGUGGGACCAAGGCAUUGCAAUAUCCGCUCGAGCCAAAUACAACAUUGCAAACGAAGGUACUGUUAUAAUAAUCCCAUUAUAUGCA